CUCGUUGUCGAUGUCCAUAAUGUCGCAGUCGGCGGCCACGCUGCGUGCGCUGACAUAUCGUCUGACCUCGACGCCGACGAAAGAUCUGCCUGCCAUUGCGCCGCAGAUCGCCAGCUCAUUAUGGACUUGCAAAGACGUCCUGUCCAUUUCUGCAGAUUCCAAGGCUACGGGUGAAGCUGCAACAGCUGCACACCGGUUCAAAACACAACUCAAUACACUUCUACAAGACCGCUCUAUUGAAGGCCGGUGGGCUGCUAUAGUGCUGACCAAAGCGACCAUCGAAGCCGGAGGUCUCGAAGUCCUGAGCAAAGCCAAUCCCUGGGUCAAGCAUCUCCUGGGCAUUCUGAAGCGACCUGACCCACCAACAACGCGCACUCUUGUCGUUCUCACUCUAGCUCGCAUCUUUAUGCUGACAUGGGACUACUCAAACCUCAUCCGGGAAAUCACCACGCCUGCGUUGACCGCAUUCAUUCCUACCUGCAUAUCGAAUAUCGAGAACAGACGUUGCUCCGCGAAGGAGCUGCAUACCGUGCUUGAUGCAUUUGCACUUCUGAUUCCCAAACACCCGACCAUCUUCCGGCAGAACGAGAGCAAAGUCUGCGGCAUUCUUACCAUCAUCAUCUCCUCCAAGUCAGCCACCAUCUCGGAACGCUACUACAGUGAUGCACAUCGAGCAGCCGCUGAGCGAUUACUUGUACUCUUGCACCACUGUGCUCCCAAGCAAGGUGGCGGCGAUAAGUGGCAGCAAACAUUGAAAGCCACCGUCGAAGCUACGCACGCUACCUGCGAUCGCGUCUUCCGCGCAGUACAAGAGGACUGGCAGUCCGUUGCCGGUAUUUUGCCUCCCAAUGCAUCUCGAACUGUUUUCAGUGGCGACGUUGAAGCAGAGGACGAGGAUGCAGUUGGACUGAAACCAUGGAAGGGUAUCUAUGCUGGGUCUGAGCGUAUCGUGGCACUGCUGCGUGUCCUCACAAACCACUUGGCCAAUGCCACUUCUGCUACCAUCUCCGUCCGCAUUGGUCUCAUCAUGGACCUGUUGACCAGACUGUUCGCAGUGGUCGUUCCAAGUCAAGGCAAGCAACAGUUUGUUCAAUUCAACAACCAGAUAUCGAAGGAGGAGCGUGAAGCGCUGUUUUCUGUCGUUCCCCGGAUGCACGUUGCUGCGAUUGAGCUCAGCACAACUCUGAUCCAACGCUUCAGCAGGACAACUCUUGCUGGUUACCAUGUUAUUCUAGAGCAGGUGCAGUAUGUUUUCCAAGCGGAGCGCAGUGAUUCGAGCAUCCGUGCGGCCGUGUACGAUCUAACCGCAGCCAUUCUCGAACUAUCUGGCCCAUCGAUGGGAAAAGCUGACGUCGGUGAGCUGGCAUCAAUUCUCAAAGCAUGUUGCUCUGAUCUUCUGCCAAAUACGGAGCAGACGAAAUCAACUCUUGACCCGAAAAUGAAUGGCCAGGCUGUCGGCAUCAAACAACAGCUAGGACUUGCGGGAGGCCAGACCGCGCAGAGUCAAUCCUCAGAGCAAGCGGGACUUUUACAAGCUGCGCAAGCCCUGCUUCGCUCAGCACUCCUGCGAGUCGAUGCACUGCCCGCGCAGCUACGCGCACAAAUCGACCGCACAGCCGUGCUGACACGCAGCCAUGAGUUACUACAAGCGAGUGUGAUGAAUCCGCCAGCUAAGAAGGCUACUGCUGGCAGCGUGCCGGCAAGUCUCUUGCCUAUAUUGGCCCGGGAGUUCACCCACACGGCAGAUGUGGAGGUCCUUCUGCGACCGAGAUUACCUGUGGUAGGCAGAAAGUCAACCCGAAAUUCUAGUUCUAUGGAGGAGGAGGAAGAGGAAGAGGAAGAGGAAGAGGAAGAUGAGGCUGAAGAAGAGGAUGAGGAGGAUGCCAUGGCCGUGGACCAGGAAGCUGAGAUAGAGGUCCAUGCGGAUUCUGAGAACGCUGAAGAGGUGGCCGAACGCACGAGCAAUGAUCCUACACUUGGCCUGCUCGACGCCUUAGGUCACAAUGCUUCGUUGGAGCCUCCCAGCUCCGUGACUGCCGACGCUGCAGCUGAGAAGCGGAAAGCUACAGACGAUGCUGCAGCUCUGUCAGCGAAACGCUUGCGAGCAUCUCCGGACACAUCUUCCUUAGCAAAAGCGUCGACAGUGCUGCCCCCACCGAUCACGACUUCACAACCCGCGUGGACUGCACCGGCUUCGAGCGCUCCCACGAUUGCAUCUUAUCACACUGCAGCCGGUGAUGAUUCGGAAGACGAGAGCGACUUUGAGAUUCCAGAAAUCCACACCGGUGACACAGACGAUGACGAGUAGAUAAAUCUCGUCCGUAAACAAUACAUAAUUAUAUUUCCAAAAUUCUCCUACAUGCCAGGGUCUGACGCACU